CCUAAAUUGAGACAAUCAACAGAACAGUUGUUUUCCAUUCACCGCUGGUUUUCAGACUAACUUUUAGCCGGCCUAACACCAAAACAUAGAACAACAACACAAUUUUAAAAGAUAUAUAAGACAUCAACUUUCAUCACAAUAACCCAAUUUUUAAGAAGUGUUUAAAACAAUAGACAGCACAUUUAUUGCAGACUACUUAAUUAAUUAUUAAUUAGGUACUUUACCACUACUACUACUACUAAAUAAAAAUAACUACUCAAGUCUUGACUACUAUUUAUUAGGCCUAAUUAAAGUUAAUUAAACUAUACUGACCAUACUAUACUACUAUAAAUCUCUAUAAUUUAUAAUAAAUUAAUAACUUUGAUAACUAAUCACUGUAGAGACUAAAGAGUUAAAAGACGUUAAAAGAGUUACUAACUCAGAAUAUCACUAAGAAGGCCUAUUAAAUUUUGGCUGCAGCUAUUUGGACCCGGUAUCAGAAGUGAGAGCAGAUUAUUAAUUAAAAAAUGUUAUUGUUGGGUUUGUAAGAUAAAAUUUGUUAUUUAAUGAAAGAUAAUAGAAUGGACUAUAUAUUUGUUUGUAAACCUAAUUCUUCAGUUUAACUAAAAUAACCUCCACAAAUGACCUACCCAAAAGAUAUCCCUGAUGCCCAUUGUUACGAUAGAGCAGCACCUGGCUACUCCAUGGGAAAAUAAUAGCAGCUAGAAACUAUACUAUAAUUGUCAGCUAUACUGAAAAUAAUCAUAUUUAUACUUCCGAAAACAAUUAUAUUUAGUCUUUAACAAACUUUUAAUUGAUUCUGCAUUAUAAAAUUUAAGUGUAAAAACUUUUUAACUUGUUAACAAGCUAAAGAUGUAAUAAAAUGUUUUUCCGACAAUUUUGUGUUAUUAAAAAUACAUGAGCACAAAGUAAAACAUAUUUAUAAAUUUUUUGAUAUUAUAAUUCAUUUUUUUAGGUGGGGUUGUUAUAAAAUGUUGACAUAAUUAAAUAGGGGGGGGGGGUCAUCGAAAGUUUGACAGUUAGUUGUUGACAAGGGGGGGGGGGGUGUUCAAAAAUUGAGGGAAAACUUGCUGACAUAGUUAAUGUUAUUUAUAUUUUGUUAUAAAAUUAUAAUGUUCUUCUCAUUAAGCUAAACAAAGUGUGAUUAGGCCUACUUAAAUAAAGUUUUAGUUUAUAGUUUAGUUACUACCUCAUUGUCUGAUGCCGUUGUUUGCAAACCAAGUAAAAUAACUAAUGAGAGAUAAUAUGGAUUAUUGGCAUAAUAUUAUUAAUCCAUCAACAACAAUGUCUUUUGAACUGCAUGAAAUUUCUUAUUGCAAUUUCAUCAUUUUUUGUUUUUUACUUAUGCCUAUGCAGGUUUGCAGUGUCUCACUUUUCAAGAUGACUCUAACAGGAGCCAUAAUAGUGUUUUUGACCUCUUUAUCUGCACUGCCAAUAUCGUACACAUUUAAUACUAUCUCAAACAUCAAGGAUCAGAGAUUGAUAUUGAUUACUGGGCUCAUCUCAUUCGCAUUAGUUUCAGGUGUCCCAUGGAUGAUUUUAAGAAGAAAACUUCAGAAAGUUGAUUCCUUUUUCUACGGUUAGAUAGCUUUUUUUUUUAUUUUUUAUUUUUUCUUUUUUUAUAUAAAUUAAAAAUUAUCUUUCAAUUUCUUUUCUUUUUUCACAUGAAGCACAAAUCAUACGAUUUGAAGUUAUGAUAUUUUGUUCAUCAGUGUUAAAAUUAUUUUCUUUUUUUAUCAUUUGUCUUGAAACAUCAAUUACAUUUUACAUUUUUAGGUUCUACACAAAAAUAUCUUAAUUUAAUGAUAUUAGAAAAAACACUUAUUAAAAAGUCCCUGUUUUCAAUCAUGCAUUUGUCAGUUAGACCUAAGAGCUUGUAAUAAAAUAGUGAUAAAUAAAACAUUUUACAUUUAAUUAGUCUGUUCUGAUUACAAUUUUUCAGUGCUGAGUCUUCUGACAUUUAGUUCUGUAAUGAGCUUGAUUAUUGCUUUGGAAAACGAUGGCCUCAUCGCUGAAUUUAUGGGAUUUUAUUUAAGAGAAGGAGAACCAUAUCUGAAGACAGCUCAUGGAACUAUGAUCUCUUACUGGGAUGGUAUUGCUCAUUAUGGCCUGUACUUGAUGAUGCUUGCUGCAGUUUCUUGGAAGUAUUAAAAAUUGAGAUUUAAAUCCAUCGUAAUUAACAGUAUAUCACUCAAGAUUUUUUAACCCUUUUAUUUAAUGUAUAUAAUUUUUUAAGGCUUAAUCCACCAUUUAACAACAUUGCAAAUGUUAUUCAAUAAACUCCUUGGUAAAUUUGUAUUAUUUAGUAUCAUAUUAAAAAAAAAAAUGAAAUAAGAAUUGUGCCUGUAUAUAUUUUUUUAACACAGCCAGAGUUUCUAUGAUGUUGGUCUUUACUGGGUCGGCUCUUUUGCCUACAGCAAGCUUGUUUUAGUGUUGGCAGUUUUAAUGGGUAAGUUAGUGCUCAUAUCUUAAUUGAUAAAUUGAUUUAAAAAAAAAAUUCUAAGUGAAGAGUAACAUGAUAACCAAUGAUUUUUAUAGUUGUCAUAAUUUACAAACAAGCUUUGAAUAAAGAAUAGCAACAAAUAUUUCCAAAUUUUGCGGACGAGCUUUAAAAAAAUGAUUUAGCUUCCCAUUGUUUUGCGUCCAAUUAACAAAUCAAAAAUAUACAUUCGUAAAUAGCUUUCCUUUCAUUGUGCACACAUUAUGACUUUACUUCCAUCCUGUAAAAUUGAAAAUCCAGUUGUUUACCUUAAAACUUAUUUCAAAAUAAAUUUUGACUUUGAGAAAUGGCAAUUGGUCUAGAUGAGGAUAAAAAUUGUGUAGAUUACAGGAUAUGAAUAUGUGAAUCAAAUGGUUGAUAUGAACAAAACUAUUUAUUCCCAUUUUCAAAAAAACAAGUCAUAUUAACAUUUAUACCUUUUAGGGGCUCAGUAGAUAUGAUUGAUUAAAUAUAUAAUUAUGCUAAAUGCGGGUUUGUUAUGGUUGACUGACUUCUGUAGAGAUAGUAGGACAUAUUCUGGAACAAUUUAUUGAUACUAAAGCUUUCAGAAUAUAGUGAAUGAGGAAAAUGAAAAUAUACAGAAUUGUAUUCUUGUAUUCCAUAAUAGGAGAAGACGGACUACGUUGGCCAUUUCUACUCAAUUUUCCCUGCAUAAUCAUUUGUGCAGUGGUGUCUUUGAGAUUCUUGAAUGAAAAACAUGAAGAAGGUUGUAGACUGAAAGCAGAACUUAAACCAGAGGUAAAAGUUCAUUAUCAUUGGAUGCUCAUUAAAGCUUAAGAUUGUUAAAUGGUCACCACAAAAUAUUGUUAAAUGGUCACCACAAAAUAUUGUAAAUGUGGUGUCCCUCUAGAUCAGUCAAUAAUAAAUAUUAUCAUUAAAUAACAAAGCUAUGUAUAAAAAAAGGCUGCGGCUAUUCGGACCCAGGUCCGAGAAGUGAGAGUUUGGGUUUAUUAAAAAAUAUUUAAAAAUUAUUGUAGGGUUUGUAAGACGAAAUGAGGUAUCAAAUGAAAGAUAAUUGCAUGGACUAUAUUUGUGUAAACUUACUUCUUCAGUUUAACUAAAAUAAACUACAACAAAUGGCAUCCGAAUAGCAAUUAGUCAAAAUAGACCCGGACAAGCAGCGCCGCUCUCCGGACCCGGGUCCCUUUAGACUCAAUGCUAUUUGGAUGUCAUUUGUGGUAGUUUAUUUUAGUUACAAUGACCCUACAAUUUUCAAUGACACCACACUUCUCAAUGACUCCAAAAUUCUAAAUGACAUAACAAUUCUCAAUGACACCACAUAUCUCAAGGACACCACAAUUCUCAAUUGCACCACAAUUCUCAAUAACAGCACACUUUUCAAUGACACCACCAUUCUCAAUAACACCACAAUUCUCAAUGACACCACAAUUUGUAAUGACACCACAAUUCUCAAUGAUCUUCAAAUCUCUAUGACACCACAAUUCUCAAUGACACCACAAUUCUAUAUGACACCACAAUUCUAUAUGACACCACAAUUCUAUAUGACACCACAAUUCUCUAUGACACAACAAUUGUCAAUGACACCACAAUUCUAAAUGACACCACAAUUCUCACUUGCCUCACAAUUCUCAUUGACUCCACAAUUCUCAAAGACACCACAAUUCUAAAUGAUGCCACAAGUAAUGAAUGUGAAAAUUAAAAAAAAAAAAGAUUAAUUUUGGUCAAAUUUAUUUAAUUCUUUUUUCUAGGAAAAGAUGACCACACCAUCAAUUACUAGUAUCAAGAAGAGGCCAUUGGACAUCAUUCUUUUAGCUUUCAACAUCUUUGCUAUUUGUGUCACCAUUUUUAGAUUUAUUGUAAGUUUCUGCUAUUAAAUGCAUAACCCGCUGAAAUAAGGAAAGCAAGAAGCAUUUUAAGAAAAAUUAAUUUUAUGUCUAUCGUCAUUACUUUUAAUGUGUCCACAAUCCUUUAAAUAAUCUGAAAUGCCAAUUAAACACUUCCAAGUAACACUGAUACUCUAAAAGUUUAAAAAUUAUAAUAUAUUAGAUGCUUUGGUUAUAUAAAUAAUUUUUACUUUAAUUUCUGUUUAGAAAGUAAGGUCUGCUACUCCUCUAUAUUUUCAAAAUUGUUUGUUCUUUUGCAGGCUGUAAUGAAAGGAAACAUUGGCAUUGUGAAUGUUUACAAAGAGAAGAUUGAACCGUAUCUGACAGAUCCACUGCCAUAUCCUAAAGCACAGGUCAGUAAACUUACUUUGAUACAAGCUGUUGGGAACACAUUGUACUUUAAGUACCUUAUCCAAGAUUUUAAAAAAAAAAUGUAACAUCAAAAUGACUCUCUGUGUAUUUGACCCAUAAACUGGUGGUCACAGUUAUCCACUUAUGGUAUGAACUGUUCCCAACACCAUGCAAAGUACAAAGAAAAUAUACUUUAUAAUCAUACUUAAAUUAAUAAGAUCCGAUGUUAUUAUUUUAUUAUGCUCUGUUCUUCAAACCAAGUACCGGUACAAUAGGUUUUUUUAAUUUACUGUUACGCACCAUUAUGGUUUUUCUGUGUAAAGAUUUGGCUUGUAGAAUUAGCAUAAUGUAACAAAGGACAGAGGUAAACAGUAUGCAAAGAAAAGCAAUACCAUAGUUAGUGAUAGUAACAAUAUUUAAUAUAAUUAUACUAUUAAAUUUCUGUACAAAUUCAAAAGAAUAAGCAAAAAUUAUUUAAGUUGAGCUUAAGCAAUAUGAAUGAAAUUCAACAUGUUUCCACUGCUCCUCAUGUAACAUCAUUAAGUGUAGCGCAGAUCAAAAGGGAAUGAUAGAUAAGACAAAAAGGCACAAAUGGGAAAGCUUCUAUUGCAUGAAGAUAAGCUGAAAAGUCAACCAUUCAUAUGUGUGACAACAACAACAGCUGCCUGUUGAAAUGAAAAUACCGUACCACAGAGACCAACAACACACAUCUUAUACCAGUAUGAAAAAGGAGGUGGGGCGGAAUGACGGGACAUCUUUUUUUUGGACUGAUAUCUAAACAAUCAUUAACACUGAAGUAGUUUAGUUUCAACAAGCAAAAAAUUAUAAAAAGCUUUAAUAUUUGGUUGCAACUAAAAGUAAAGGAUUUGUAUAAUCACAUCCAGGGCUAGAGAUGCUAAAUUUCCACUGGCUUCCCUUUUGUUGCUCUUAGAUUUAAUGACUAGAAUAAUGAAAAACUAAAACCAUGCAUAUCCAAAAAUGCAUCCAAAAACAAAAAGGUCCAGGAGAUAUAAUUGAUGUGUCAAAUAAUGUUUUCAGAUGAUGAUACAUACUCUGUACUUUAUCCCAUACUACAUCAUGAGCAGUUAUGCCCUCCUCUGGCCGGGUCAGUCCUGGAUUCUACGAUGGUCUCUUAUACAGGCGGGGGCUGCAGGCCAGGUAAGAUCUGGCUUUAAAAGAGACUUUUAAUUUCAAUAAGUCAACAAAAUCUUCCAAACAAACCACAGACUCUGUUUUCUUUCUUGCUUGGUUCUUGCAUGUAGUAGCAUAAUUUUACCAAUUAAUUAUUGCAAUAACCACAUCCAAGCAUUCAAAUACCAUAAAUAAAAUGUAUGAAACUUCAACGCCCCACCCCGCUUUACCCCCCACAUUUUUAGUCUUUAAUAACACCUUUACAAAUGCAUGGACGUAAACAUGAUUAUAAAAGAUAAUUUUCUUGACUUCUCUCUAGGGCCAAUUCACAUACAUGGGAUCAUCGUUCCACUACAGGACACCUUAUAUCCACCGUGUCCCUCAGACAGCUCUGGCAAAGUCCAUUUUCUGGCUGGUUAAUGGCAUUUUGUUCAUUGUGCCCCAAAUCGCUGCUCUGCGCUGCCUAAAUAAUCCUGAUUUUUUCUUGCAGCAAGAAAAACCCACCUCAGUGGAACAAUCUGGUUCAUUAGUGAGUAAUGGCAAGCCUCCUAGUAUUACAGGCAGUGUCAAAAAGAUGGACUAAACUGAUCAAAUUAUAGCGCUGAAACCUUGUAAGUGAUAUUUACAUUUUGAAUCUUCAAGCAGCCGCGCCAUAGUUUUAAGUUAGGCUCAGUCGUUUAGAAGUAACAGUUUUGGUAUAAGCUCAAAAUAACUUAUCAUUUCAAAUAUUAAUGAUGCAAAUUGUAGAAGUAGAUUUUAAUUUAAAAAUUGCGUCUUUAUCAAAAUAAACAGCUAAGAUCACGUAGCUGACUGAUGAUCCUUGUAUUUUAUAUUCACAAUAUUUUAUAUUUAAAAAAAACUAUUUUGUAUAUAGAGCAAUCCAAGAGUCUUAUUUUAUUCAAUGUUUUGUAUAAUCCAAU